AUGGUUCGCUUCUCAGAAUCCUUUAAGCUCUUUGAGACUCUGGGCAUUCCAGAAACUGCCACGCAAAUCGAGGUUAAAGCGGCUUAUAGACGGAAACUGCAGGCAUACUUUUCCUAUGAGAAUUCAGCAUGUCGCAAAAAAGACGCCAUUAAAUACUGGAAGGAAUCAGAGCGAUAUUCACCCUACAACCUCCUAGCAGAACCAGGAUUUUCCAAGAUGCGACAUGCAUACAAUAUCCUUUCAGACCCAAAAUGGCGAUGCCAGUAUGCCGAUUUCGUCGCGUCUGGAGACCGUCUAUACAGAUUUUCGAUGCCAAAUCCUGCAUCAGGCGGCAUGCUUAUGGCUCAAGGAGAAAUAGACGGCCAAACGGUCAAUGCAAUUCCCGAUACUGGCGCUGGCUGCAACUUGAUGUCUUCUUCGCUUGCCAAACGACUCGGUCUCGAGCCACCACCCGGCCUGCCAGAGGCUCAAGACACAGGUCUUCGAAUGGCCAACGGCAAGUCCAUCAUGAGCGCCGGUACCAUCAAUGCUGUAUGGAAAUUCGCAUACGAUCCUGAUAAAUCCUGGAACAUCGCGUUCCAGGUCAUCAAUGAUCUCGCUCAUGAUGUUAUCCUAGGAAGCGAAUUUCUCACAACUUCGGGGACAAUGAACCAGUACCGCGCCCGUUUGAGCAGAGCCCCUCGACCUCCUUGGGCAAAAUCUUUUCUGUUCACAAGCAGUGUUGGAUCUGUUAGCCAGCGGCUUCAAGGUAGAAUCGGCGAUGUUGCGGUCCUGGCACUUGCCGACUCGGGUUCCGAGUCGAACCUCGUCUCGUCCAGCUUUGCACGCCGCCAUACGAAUUGGCAUGAUACCAUUGAUUGGAAUGAUCAACGCCUUUUGCGAUUUCCUGACGGGAACGUGGAAAAGACAAUGGGUUCUGCAUGGGCACAUUGGGCCUGCAUGGGCCAGUCGGACACUCCCCUAAGCCGUGAUGAUGCGGCCUUCCGUUUCCACAUUCUUGACAGUUGUAUCCAUGAUGUCAUCUUGGGUCAGAAUGCGCUCGAAGAGAUUGAAGCCUUCACCAACCAAACCGCUUCGUUCGUGGAAUCCAACCAAGGCCCAGAGCCGGCGGAUCUCAACUUGGUCAUAUGGGUGCCUGCCAAGGACCCGAAGACGGACCAAGCCACGAAUGCUGGCGCCAACCCUCAGCAGAACCAGCAGACCUCGAACGAGCAUUCGGAGAUUCCGCCCCAAAGUCAGACUUCGGAAAGUCUUCCAGACCCGGGAGUAUCGAAUACCUCUAUACCCCCGGCUGAAAAAGAGACGGAAUACUCAUGGUGGUAUAGAAGAUUGGCGGAGCGUAAGCGGCAGUUUGCCGCUCGGCGACACAUUCUACAAAUGUCGCCGGGCCCCGAAAGAGAUGCUGCUACUGCAAAGGAACAAGAGAUGCGCCAAGUCUUUAAGGCCAGAGAGAAAACAAAACUGCCCAAGCAGGCGCCUCAGCAACCCAGGAGAUUUGAUAAUUACUCGGCGCUAGAAAUGGAAGACGAGGCUUCGAACAACCACGACGAGCGCAGGCUGCGGUUCUUCUCUCGCUGA